GACUCAUGGAGCGGAAGCUGCAGGGCACGUGGCUGCCUGCUGGCCGGGGGCACGUGGAGAGACCGUGCCUGGGCCCCUGCGGCUCCCUGGUGCCCGUGUUCAGCUCUCAGCACGGCCUUCACUGCAUCCACGCCGAGAACAGCGCCCUGAAGCCCAGGGUCGUGACGGUGGUGAAGCCGGGUGGGCACCCCCUGCGCAAGGUCACCCUGCUCCUCAAUCGGCGCUCGGUGCAGACCUUCGAGCAGCUCCUGGCGGACGUCUCGGAGGCCUUGGGCUUCCCCCGGUGGAAGAGUGAUCGCGUGAGGAAACUGUUCAACCUCAAGGGCAGGGAGAUCCGGAGCGUCUCUGAUUUCUUCCGGGAAGGGGAUGCCUUCAUCGCCAUGGGCAAGGAACCCUUGACGUUGAAGAACAUUCAGGCGGCCAUGGAAGAGCUGUACCCCAGCAAAGCCCGGGCCCUGACGCUGAGCCAGCAGAGCAGGGUCCCUUCUCCGAGGCUGAGAAGCAGGCUCUAUAGCAAGGCUCUGAAAGGGGGACACCACUGUGGGGAGGCUGAGCCGGCCAAGAGCUGCGGUGAGGCUGCCGGGUCCAAGGCAGCCAUCAGACGGCAGGGGAAGACCCCCAUGGAGCCGGGGCUGGAGGACGGGGCGAGGGCCCAGAAGACGUGGGUGAGGGGCGCACGGGAGCCUGAGCCCGGUGGCAAGCCGCCCCGGGAAGCCCCCGUCGAGAGACAUGGCAGCGGGGAGAGGCACCUGGGCGUGGAGAUCGAGAAGACCUCGGGGGAAAUCAUCCGGUGUGAGAAGUGCAAGAGAGAGAGGGAGCUUCGGCAGAGCCUGCAAAGGGAGAGGCUGUCCCUGGGCACCAGCGAGCUGGACCUGGGCAAGGGCCUGCGCUAUGACGUGGACAAGCUGGUGAGGACCAGGAGCUGCAGGAGGUCCCCCGAGGCCCAGUCUCCAGGCGGGGAGGACGGGUGGCAGGGUGACGGCCACAGGAGCAAACCCAGGAACCCCACUCAGGAGCUGAGGCCCAGCAAGAACACAGACAAGAAAGAGGACGCAGACCCCAAAGGUCAGGAAGGUCAGCCGCAAGGAGCAGCCAAGGCUAAGAAGGAUGUCACGGAAGCCCAGCCCGUCAGAGAGGAGGGGCCGCGGGAUGGGAAGAAAGAUGCCAGGAAUAAGCAUGGUGGCUGGUUCCUCAGGGAGCACCCAGCCGACCCCAAGAAGCCGCCCAGGACCCGAGGGGAGGAGCAGGAGGCAGAGAAGGAGAAAAAGCCACCUGUGUCCGGCGGGAGAAAGAUGCUUCCCAGAGAUGACCAACCCGCAAGGGUAGAAAAGGAGCCCAAGAUGAUGGCAGAGGAAAGCAAGCCAGAGAGGCCCGGUGGCCGGAAGCGGCGGCCCGCGGGCAUCAUCUCGGCCAACGUGGAGAAGCAGUACGAGACCGGCCGGGUCAUCGGGGACGGCAACUUCGCCAUCGUGAAGGAGUGCCAGCACCGGGAGACCAGGCAGGCCUACGCCAUGAAGAUCAUCGACAAGGCCAAACUCAAGGGCAAGGAGGACAUGGUCGACAGCGAGAUCUUAAUUAUCCAGAGCCUCUCUCACCCCAACAUAGUGAAGCUGCACGAAGUGUACGAAACGGACACGGAGAUCUACCUGAUCAUGGAGUACGUGCAGGGCGGGGACCUUUUCGAUGCCAUCAUAGAACACGUGAAGUUCCCAGAGCGCGACGCCGCCCUCAUGCUCAUGGACUUGUGUAAGGCUCUCGUGCACAUGCAUGACAAGAACAUCGUGCACCGGGACCUCAAGCCGGAAAACCUCCUGGUUCAGAGGAAUGAGGACCAGUCGACGACCUUGAAGCUGGCUGACUUUGGCCUCGCGAAGCACGUGGUGAGACCAGUGUUCACCGUGUGCGGGACCCCGACUUACGUAGCACCUGAAAUUCUUUCUGAGAAAGGUUACGGGCUGGAGGUGGACAUGUGGGCCGCGGGCGUGAUCCUCUAUAUCCUGCUGUGUGGCUUCCCCCCGUUCCGCAGCCUGGAGAGGGACCAGGACGAGCUCUUCGACAUCAUCCAGCUGGGCCACUUCGAGUUCCUGGCCCCUUACUGGGACAACAUCUCUGAGGCUGCCAAAGACCUGGUGAGCCGGUUGCUGGUGGUGGACCCCAAAAAGCGCUACACGGCCCACCAAGUUCUUAAGCACCCCUGGAUCGAAACUGCUGGAAAGACCAGCACAGCCAACCUGGGGAAGGAGCGCAAGGAGGCGUCCCCGGGCAGCGAGGGCCACCUCCGGAGCCAGCAGGCCCCGUGGUCUCCACCUCCGGCCCCUGUUCAGCCCUCAGUUCUGCUCAAGGACAGAGGAUAGAAGUUUAGGAGAAACGCAGUGCAAAGGGCGUCUUCUCGUAAUUGGAGAAUCAGGGGAGGGAGAGA